AAGCCGGUGACGUCAGCGCUUGCGGAAGCACGGAGUGGAAUGUCGGUACAUUGUUGUUGUUUUGUAGUCGAAUUCGAACUGGGACAGAUUCCGCUUCGAUAGUCGUAACAUCUCUCGCAGCCGAGGAAAAGACGACAGCAGCUCGCAACGGACCACAUUUGUAACGCGGACGGACACGCUUCUGACAGCGAGCGGCCCCAAGUGUCUGAGGGAUUCGGGACAGUUGAGUGCAUGCAGGGCAUGACGACUAAUUUUAAAGCAAGCAAGGCUUUAAAGGUAAAAAGGGAGGUGGAGGAGAAUGCCCCGGCCCUCAGCGAUGACGAGCUCGUCGCCAUGUCGGUGCGGGAGCUCAACCAGCACCUGCGCGGGCUCACAAAGGACGACGUGGUGCGGCUGAAGCAGCGGCGGCGCACGCUCAAGAACCGCGGCUAUGCCGCCAGUUGCCGCAUCAAACGCGUCACGCAGAAGGAGGAGCUCGAGCGCCAGAAGGCGGAGCUGCAGCGCGAGGUGGACAAACUGGCGCGCGAGAACGCCGGCAUGCGCCUGGAGCUGGAGGCCCUGCGCUCCAAGUACGAGGCGCUGCAGUGCUUCGCGCGGACGGUCGCUCGCGGGCCCCUCUCCCCCGGCAAAGUGGCCACGACUAGCGUCAUAACCAUCGUCAAGUCCGCGAACCACAGCCCUGGGCCGGCGCCCUUCUCCGCCCCGUCCUAGUGGAGGCAGUGGUGGACUCGAGUCGUCCACGAAGGGCAGGUCGCACGCGAUGCGCUCGUCUGUGGCGUGGGUGGGUGGGCCCGGCGGUCUGCCUUCCCUCUCUCACACACCUUUUCCUCUGUCCGUGCACUGUGCUCUGAAACACCCCCGCCCCCUAGCACCAGCAGGUUUUUACUCCCCCCCCCCCCUUUUUUUAGGUUACCUGUACAAUUUAAGAGAGUCCUUACAACUACGUUUUAAAUAUGGCAUGGAGUGGAGAUUGGGGUGGGGGGGCAAAUUGCGCUUCUGAUUUUUUUUUUAAAGUCUAAGCUGUAAUUUACACAGCGCCCAGGAAAGUGAUCCAUGGGAGACACAGUGUAAAGAGAAAUAGAGUAAUACCUCGAUUACCCUCCAGAUGCGUUCCUGAGAAAUGGGGCGGUAAAUAAAAUGCACCGUAAUGGGGGGGGGGGGGUCGUUAAUUCAUUCAGUUAGUGUUUUUUUUAAACGUUUAAAAAUGUGGUGAAUUAAUUAUUAUAAUUCGUUAUUAUGAGUCAUCAACGCAAGGGCUACAAUAAGAGCGCAAUGGGAGGUAGAGCUUUAUUUCUUUUGUCUCAUCAGGAAAUUGCAAGGCGGGGGAUCUGCUGUUAAAGGUUCUAGCUUGAUUUUAAUUGCUGUUGCAAAACGCAAGAUAAAAAUGGCCAAAAAUUGGAGGAAGUGUUAUAGAUGUAAAAAAAGAAGAAGCACUUGCUCAAUUUUAACAGAUUUCCUGUCAUGUCUGUAGGCUGUGCUGAAUCCUUCCCUCAUUUCCUGCUUUAUACACACUUACUUUGAUUUCAGGGUUUGUGACCUCACUACAUCCACUGACCCCGAAUCUCCAUUUUCCUUGGGCCUACAUAGGAAAUAAGGCCAGAAAUUCCAUGCCAUAUUUAAAACUGUCCAGAAAUGCCUAUGACAACGACAGACUGAAGCGCAUCGUCAGGUGUGGAGAAGUGGCAGAGGCAGGCGUGAAUCCUGUGAUCAUUUACUUUUAUGUCAGAAAUAAUACAUUGCUGAAACAUAACUAGUAAUACUAUGUAAAACAGUUGCUACUAUUACAAACCUCACCCAAACAUGAAAGAAAUGUCAUUCCUAAACCUGUUUAAUAUCGGUAGUAGUUUAAGGACCCUACAUAUACUCUAAGAAGCUACAAAUUAAGCUAUACAAAGCACAAAAUGCAUAUACUGGGAGCAUAGUAUUGAAAUAUGAAAUUAUUUUAACAAUAUACCAAGAGGCAUUAGCUCAAUGUGAAAUAGGACCUGACUACAUUCUGAAAUUUCAGUCAGAAUUAGUGUCUCCGUAUGAUACUUGUGACAGUUCAGUGUAAUCUAUUUUUGUAACUUAAGGUGUAUUUUGCUUGUAAUAAUGGACUGGGGAUGUAGUUUUUACAUAUAUUGUUUUUUUUUUCCUCCCCCUCUAGCACUUGCUGUCAAUGCCGUAUUUUGUGUUUGGUAAUCCAUAUUGGAUAUAGAGAUAAUGGGAGUUAUUGUUAUUGAUAAAUAUAGUAAAAAUAUGCAGCAGACAUAAAUUAAUCCUGUUAGUGUCACACAUACAGAAGAGGUCCUAACUGCAGCUGUUGUCUCUGAAACGCAGCAUAUCCAUGUCCAGUAAUGAGUUUCCUGGAGCAUCGAUGCCACCGAUGGUCAGAUGUAUGUUUAUAUAUGUGUCACAUGGUCAAGUUUAAUAUUUAGAUAGGCUCUCUUUACCCAAAUGUUCCUUUUUGCGUGAACUCCCCUUUGGCAAAGCAGGGGUUGUAAGUGACCUUUAAAUCUGCCCUUUGACAGCAGGGGUAAUUGUAAUGGUAUUGGUAAUUAUAAUGGGUAAUUGUAAUGGGUGAAACUAAUGGAAGUGGAGCAGUUCUGGGGUUCCUUCAUCCUAUGGACACAGGUGUACCUCUCCAUGAUGUGUAUAAGCGAGCUCUUUGCUGUGCUAUUCUUCAUUUCUCUGUUAACGUUUUUAUCAUUACCACAGCUAUUUGUCAAAUUUUAACUUUUUUCUUUUUUUUUUUUUUUUUUUUCCUGUUCUGGAGGAUAGGAAGUACCAAGGAAUGUAAUGAUUCUGACAUCCUUUUCAUGUUGUUUUUGAGUUCUUAUGCCUGUACCACUGAAAAAUUGGUGUGUUCUGCUGAGGUAGAACAUUUGUCCCAAUGAAGAUUCGCAGCAUCAGAGACUGAAUUUGUGUAUAGAAUGUGGAAGGAGUAUUUGAAUUGAUUAUUUGAUGGUUUGGGGAAAAGGGGACAUGUGUGUAGAUAUGACCAUGUAGUCUGUGUGCAAUGGUGGUGCUGCACAUACAGAAAUGCACUGAUAGAGCACAAAAGGCACACAGUUUUCACUUUGAUGGGUUCGGGCAGGGUGGCACAGCACCUGGGUGGUGUGAGAGAAAGUGGGUUCAAUCACUGCUCAGUCUGU